ACAGACGUGCCCACACACAAUCACACACCAUGACGCGAUGCUCGUAAACGCCAUUGUGUUUUCGAGAAUCGUAUAAAGUACGAUUUAGCAGAACACUCCCGCGCAACGUUGGUUACUCGGUUACGGCGUCAGUCGCUAUUGGACCAUCGUAACGUGAAUAACUACGACGAGUGAGACCGAUUCAAAACACAUAAACAAAAAUGGUUAACUUUACAAGGCUUUCAAUCAUAAAAUUAUUUGAACUUAUCUUAGUAUGUAUCCUUAUCGGAUUGCAUUACCACUCUUUUGUGGGGAAUCAGGAUACAGAGAUGAUUACAAUGGGCACCUUUGGUGGAUACCUCAUUAUUUUAGUCGGCUUGUUUGCUGGCAGUAUAAUGGGAACUCCAGUUAAUCGUCGUGUGGACCUUUUCUUCUCGUUGAUUGGUUGUGUAUUAUUCAUAGUUACUGGCGCCUUGAAUAUCAAAGACUUCGAUCAAAUUCCAUAUAAAUCCUCAUUGCGUGACACAGGCUUAGCAAAAGGCUCCAUUAGUAUCAUUCAAGCUGCACUUUUCCUCAUUGAUUCUUUUCUUACAUUUAGAGGGGAAGCUUAACAAACAAAAAACAUAUUUCAACGCUAUCGAAGGACUACAUAGUCAGCAUUCGAUGAUGUUAAUAAACGUAGGCAUAUUUCGUUUUUAAUCAAGAAGUGUUAUCGAUGUUACAUAUACUGCCAAAGACGGCUGACACUCUCUCUUUUUUUAUUUUAUACAUACAUAU